AUGGCUGCUCCGCCACGGCCACCUUCUUGUGUGGCCCCUGUGCUGCGGCCGCGGCUGCUGCAACAGAGCUCGCCCCUUUCCGAGGCUCAACCGGCCGUGGAGCGAGAUCCAGACGUUGGCAUCCACGAACCCAAGCAAUCGCUGCAGCUGGGGCUGCAACGGGAGACAGAUGACGACAGUUCUGCUACUGCUAUUGCAAUCCAGCAACAGCAACUAUCCUUGUCCCUCCAAAGCCCGCUCAAAUCUCUCAACUCGGCUCAAUUCCAGGUUCGGGGCCGGGGCGCGGGGUCGAACUUUGAUAGCGACGAGGAUGGGGAGGGCGCCGACACCGCCUCGACAGCAGCGGCGACGGAGAUGCGGAAGCUGUCGUCGGUGGCGGCAGCAGGGGCGGCGCAGGCACGCAAGCUGUCGACAGCAUCGGAGCCGUCAGCCGAGACAAGAGAGCAAUCGGCAAUUCCAUCAUCAUCGUCGGUGGAGACACGGAAGUUAUCAGCGGCGUCGGCAGCAGCUGCAGUCACAACGGCAGCCGAGGCGAGGAAGCUAUCGGCAGCCUUGACAGCACCGUCAUCGUCUUUCCCGCCUUCAUCGCAUUUGGGUCCCAAAAUUUCUGAGGUCGCUGAAGACGACGGAGCUCCAACUACGAGUAGGGAUGUAACGGCCGCGGGCUUUACUCACUGGGGCCGUGCCAGUGCUGCUGACCCGUGGGUCGCCCCGGACUCGGCGGAUCGGACGCCUCACCAGCAAGGAGCCAUCCAAUGGACGGGGUCCUACACAGGGCCCAGCAGCGGGGUUCGUGCCGGCGGCGAUGAUGACGGCGGAAGCAAGCAGCAAGGAUCGGUGGUAUCGUCGACAGCUGGGGAACCGGAGGCCGCUGCCGGCGCGGUUGCCGCUGCGACAUUGGGCCCAGUGGCGGCGGCGGCGGAUCACCCUGCCGAUGUGCGACAGUACGGCGAGUGUACCACCGCUGGGGAAGGUGCUGGAAGUGGACAUCCAGAUGCGACACAGUCGUUGGCGGGAGCGGCGACCGGCGCCACGGAUGGUACGACAACUGAUGGCGCAAAAGCGGCGUCGCUGAAGUCCCCCAAGGCGACGGGUCUGCGAUCUCCAAGCUUUGCAAGAUCCGCCAGCAUGGGUGCCGCCAAGAGUACGACACAGGUUAGCAAGCCGGCGACGGCCGCCGCCGUCGGGAAGAGCGGCAUCCCAUCGGUAGCUAAAUCAGGACCGUCCGCGUCCGCUCCAUCUUCUGCGCCGGUGGCGGCGGAUAAGGCCCCGGCGGCGGCGACGACAUCGACGUCAGCGCACAGGGCGGUGGCGUCGGCAACGCCUGGCGGCAUACCGCAUUUCAUGCUUCCGACUCGCGCCACCGUCGCGCACCGGCGGGCGAGCGAUGAGGGUAUUACGCCGGCCAGCGGUGCCUCUGCCACACCGGCAUCCGGGGGCGCGGCCAAUUCCACGGCCACGAGCGCGGCGGGCUCCGCCAUUACCACCACCACCACUGCCGCCACGCCAACGGCAACUGCGGGAUCUGCCGGCAAGACAGCAACAGCCUCCGGAGCGCAUGCCAAGGCGCCCUCGCCCGCCAUGGCGACCUCGCGAUCGUUUUCCGCCUCCGCAGCCGCCGCCGGCGGUGGCAGUGGCGCCUCCACCGCGCGCAGUGCCUCGGGACGUAUGUCUACCAACACGCCGCCGACCGCUGCUUCGAAACCGCCGGUGGCGUCGGCCGCGGCCGCGGCAGCAGGCCCCGGUAGCGGCGCAAAGCCGGCUGCAGGCGCCGCCGCCACCAAACCCGCAACUGGCAACAGUACGGCGGUUGCGGCGGCAGCCAGUAAGGCGAACCCCGGUGUGGCCGCCGGCAAGGCCGCGGUGCGGUCUUCGGCGGCGACGAAGGCGUCUACGGGCGCCUCGGCGUUGCACGUCGGGAAGGGGGAGGCAGCGGGGGCGCGGCGGGCCUCGGACGAUGCUUCGCAGUCUUCCUGUUCGGGCCCGUCUCCCACGGCCGCAGCGGCGGCGGCGGCGACGGCAUCGGUUGCCAGGUCGGAUUCCAUGUCCAUGUCGGAAAGCGCCGCCUCCUCCGUCGGAGUGCCAGCGGCCGCACGGCCCGUGACGCCGACCGGGGGAGGUGGCGGCGGCGGCGGCCUGCCCUUCGGCGAGUGGCGGAUGGUACGACUGAAGAAGGAGAUGCGGUGCUGCGCAGCCGACGGCACGGUAGCCCAGGAGACACAUGACGGUCAAAUGGAGGUUUUCAAGUGUGAGGAGGCGCUGCCUCCCGGGGCCCUGGCCGCGGUCAUCAGCCACAGCCUCUUUCCGCCGCCGCCGCCGUCAGACGCCACCUCAGGGGCACCCGGCGGCAGCGGUGGCAGCGGCGGCGCCGCGCAGCCCAAGACCUGGGUGUUCUGUCCGGACCCGCUGUGCAUGGAGAGCAGGCCCUUGGGCUCUGACCUGCCACCCUGGCCCGCAAAGAUCAUCCUGGCUGGGGGCGUCAAGGUGACACGGGCCGAGUACGACCGCCUCAAGGACUUGGGACUGGACGUGACGUUGCCCGGAAAGGGAGCCGCGGCAACAGCAGCAGCGGCGGCGGCGGCGGCAGCGGCAUCAUCCGGCGCGGCUCCCAUCGCGGCGGCAGCGGCGGCAUCUGCUGCCAGCGGGUAG